AUGGGCUAAUCGAAAAUAGGCCCAUCUCAUCCAGAUAGGUCUUUUUCAUCAAAUAAAUUUUAAUAUGAUAGAUAAUUCACUUUUCAUGAACCAGAUAAUUAUGAAUUGUUAAAUAAGGCCUUAACUUUUAGUAAUGAAAAUUUGAUGAUUCAUGAAUGUUUAUACAUAAAUGGACAUUUUCUUUCAAAUUGUAAGUUUACUAUUAAUUCAUUUUAUAAUCUGAAAGAUAUCAAAAACCUUUUACAAAAAGAAAAUAAAAUAUUGACUUUUUAACAUGAAUUUGAGAGAAUUAGUAAAGAUUUUAGAUUUAAGUCAAAUAUUAUUACAUAAAACACUACAAUUUAAGAAGUGAAUAUAACUUAAUUAUAUAAGCAAACCAAUUCUUUUUAAAAUCAAAAUAUAUAAAUGUUGGAUAGUUUUGGAACUAAUAAUUCAAUUAAUCAAAUAUCAAAUAGAGGAAGGUAGAAUCAAAAAUAAAGAAAAGCAGGUGAAUCAUCUUCUGAAGAUUUUACAGAUUUAGAUGAUAAAAGUAAAUCUCCUAGUCCUAUUUCCAAUAAAUCUUAAGAAAUUUUCAAGAAGAAUAAUGUUAUUUUGAAGAAAAACUUUCCUUCUGAUACUGAUAGUGGUUAGGAACAGAAACAAAUAAAUAAAGAAUAUAGUCGAAUAAUUAAAGAUAAAAAACCUUAAGCUUUGAAUGAAGCUUCUAUUUAAAAUCCAAAUUAUUAACUUGAUGAAGAUUAAGAAGAAUAAGAUUUAGUAUUUCAAGUUAAUUCAGAUCUAAUGAACCUAAAAAGUAGAAUAGAAUAGUAAAUUGGUCCAUCCUAUAAAAAUAUUCCUAAAUCAGAAAUAUUUACAUCAAAUUAUUAGAAACUUAUAGAAAAAUAAAACAAUUAAUAAGUAAUGCAGUUUUACUAUAUUAUUAGUAGAAACAAAAUAACUAAACUCGUGUAAUGGAAUAUUAAGGUUUAGAAAAAUAAUAAUUUUAAUAAGACUAUUAAUCAUAGAAUAAAUAGAUUAAAUAAUAAUAAUAAUAAUAAUAAUAAUAAUAAUAAUAAUAAUAAUAAUAAUAAUAAUAAUAAUAAUAAUAAUCAAAUCUUUAUCUAUAAAAUAAGUAAUAUCAAUAAUUAAACUCUAAUUUCUCAGAAAAUAAAGAAAUACCUAAACCUGAUCAAUUAAAAGGAGUAACUAUAAAAGUCAAUUAAAAUAUGUAAUCUCCAAAAAAUAGUUUGGCAUAUAAACCAAUUGUAUAAAAAGAAUUUUAGAUUCAUCUUGAUAGUUCAAAUGCUUCAAGUGUUUAUAAGCCUCCUUGGGAUGUAAAUUAAGUGAAAAAAUAGUUUCCAAAUGAAAGCAACUCCUCAGUUUGUUUUGACGAUAUCUAUUAAUAGAAAAGGAAAUAACAGUAACAACAAUAGUUUACUCCAAAUAAUAUUAAGAUUGAUGUAAAAUAAUUUUAAUAAAAGAGGAAUUGA